AUGGCGACGGCCGACGACGACCUUCCCCCAGGGGGACCCGACGACGAUCCCGAGCCCGAGCCUGAACCUGACCCCGGGCCCGAUCGCAUCUAUCCAUACACGAGGACCUGUCCCGAAAUCGGAUCCUACCCGUCCACCACUUCAGCCUCUGAACUAUUCCCAUACUCCGUACUCGUUAACGAAAUGCUGCCCCGAGCCAUCGCUGCUCAUGGCAGGCCAAAUAUCAAGUCCUCCUUUGCUUUGGUUCCGGAGAGCAAGGUACCCAAAGUUAGGAGCUCCGGAUCUUCCUACACUUCAAGAAGAUUUCUCAGUCACGUCUAUCCCAGCAGAGACCUGGGCACCGCUUCUCCUGCCACCACAUCCGACAACCAAUUUGCGGGCCUGGUUGAGCUUGGUCUCCCGGUCUCCUACUUAGCGGACUCGGAUAAGAGAGCCAGGGGGCAAGGGAACGGCACAACGGCAAUGAGCAAGGACAGGGAGGACCCUAGCAAAGCCCGCAUUGCAGGAUCCCAUUUACUGAAUAACAUAAUCUUCCGAGCCCGUCCCAGCCAAUAUACACCCAAGACGAAGCACAACAACACACGCUCGAGGGAGUCUCGCAAUCGAGCGGCAGGAGACAUGACAGGCAUGCUGGACACCGACAGGAGCCGAACGCGGAGGGAGAGGACAUUUGUCGGAAGCGAGUGUGCUGUCUGCGAGGAGCCGCUGGAACACACAUUGCGCGGCGAGAGGAUACUGCAAUUCUCUUGCGGUCACGUCUCACACGAAGCAUGCUUUUACGAAUAUAUGAAGGAGCUCGACUCCCAAUACUGCCCGACCUGCAAUGCGCCGUUGGGGCUCGAUACGAACCGAGGAGGCAACGUUCUUGACAUUGGUAAGAAAUUUGGCAACGAAAAGCUAAGUGGUAUCGUGCGGUCAGUAUCAGCCAACGACCAGUCAAUCAGAUCACAGCAAACCCCGACGCCCACAGCUUGGGACAGCCAGACUUUACGACCCGAGAGUCGAGAAUCAGGCCUGAGACAGCAAGUUCGAACCCCCAGAGAUAGCAGCCGCGAAUCUAAGGAUACCAGGGACAGCCAUGCCAGGGACAGCAGCAACAACAGAGACAGCAGAGACAGUCGUGAACGAGCAGCUAGAAUUAUCUCUCCAUCCUCGAGAGCAUCCCACACCCGAAACGGCUCCGAGGCCACAGGUACCGGUACCGUAUCAUCUGUUGGAUAUUCAGAAACUUCAAUGAGUGGCCCGCCAAGGCGCCACGAAUACGAUGUUCAAUCGAUGGAAACAAGUUUGAUGAGCCCAAGAGCAAGCGUCUCCCGGAACCCGAUACCCCCUCCGUCCGUCAGUGUCAGGUCGGAAUUUCCAACUUUGAACCGGUCGCGGCAACAGCAAACUCUGACUUGCUUGGUCACCAUCGAAGUCCCUGAGAAUAAAUGGAAACCAGAUCCCGAUGAUCUUCGUACCGCCCCUCCUUUGCCUAAAAUACGCCCAGAGGAUACCUACGCGAGGCCUCCUUCGCCGGCGCAAAGUGCGCCUCGGUUCUAUCCAUACGAGUCACCAGAGGUACUGGAGGAAAUCACCGAGAAUCUGCGGAGUCGAGUGGACAAUUGGCAUGGCUUGGACUUUAGCAGGUUCGGCAAGCUGCGCCUGUACGGCACUAUUCGAGUCGGUAAAGAUAAGAAGGCGUGGCAAGAGUUAGAGUGCUUUCUCUUCGCCGACAUGCUCAUUUGCGUGAAGGAAAAGAAGGUCGGUGUGCCGCAACAAUGGGAAGAGCAGAAUUCUCGUGGGAAAACCACCCGGUGCACACUGAAAGGAUCAAUUUUGAUCAAGAAACAUCUCAAUGAAGUUACUGAAAGCGGUAAAAGCAACCUUGGCCAAACCGAAAAGAUCACGAUGUCUAAUCUUCGAGCAGCAGAUGAUAACGUUUUAACUUUGAGCCUCUCCGUAGCAGAACUGCCCUCCUUCCAUCUCCGAUUUGACAACAAGAACCAAUUGAAGCUUUGGCAACAAGCCCUACUUGACUUGAAUGCAGUCGAAGACUCUCCGGUCCGAAGCCCCGUUUACGACCUGUCCGAGACAGACGAGGAGGACUGGCAACGAGUUUCCAAGCGUGUCUCGUCCGUCAACUCAUCGACUUUUGGUGGCCCCCAAUCUACCACUACUGCUCCCACGGAAUAUACCAGCGGACGAAAAUCGCGAUUGCCAGCAGAAAUACAUAUUCCGAUCGACAUCGUUGUUGUCAUCCCGGUCUCUUCCUCCAUGCAGGGUGUCAAGAUCACUCUGGUGCGAGAUGCCUUGCAGUUCAUGGUGCAGAGUCUUGGAGAGCGCGACCGCAUGGGCUUAGUCACUUUCGGAUCAAGUGGUGGCGCCGCUCCUCUAGUCGGUAUGACUUCGAGAGCCUGGGCUGGAUGGUCAAAUAUUCUAUCAUCGAUUCGACCUGUUGGGCAAAAGAGCCAUCGUGCAGAUGUUGUUGACGGGGCCAAUAUUGCGAUGGAUCUCCUGAUGUCGAGGAAAUCAAGCAAUCCGAUCGCUACCAUUAUCUUGAUCAGCGACUCGUCAACCUCGGAUGCUGAGAGUGUUGAUUUCGUUGUGUCCAGAGCGGAGGCUGCGAAGAUCGCUAUUCACUCGUUCGGACUUGGCAUGACGCAUAAACCGGAUACGAUGAUUGAGCUAUCGACCCGGACCAAAGCCUCCUACACGUAUGUCAAGGACUGGAUGAUGCUUCGAGAAUGUCUCGCAGGCUGCAUGGGUGCGCUGCAGACAAUGUCUCAUCAGAAUGUGAAGCUGAAGUUGCGACUUCCUGAAGGAUCUCCAGCAAAGUUUGUGAAGAUCAGUGGCGCACUACAAAUAACGAAGCGCGCAACUGGCAAGGAUGCCGAGGCAUCUCUCGGAGACCUCAGAUUUGGCGACAAGAGAGAUAUUCUAGUGCAGCUUGUCAUCGCUCCAGACAAUGCGUCCCAGGAGCAACUUCCACAGGAUGCUUGGGAGUCUAUCGUCUCGGGUCUCGAAGCUCUCGGUGGACCUCUCGACAAAGAGGAUGAGCGCAUCGCGUCUAUCGAAGAGGUUCCGCUCAUCCAGGCAGACCUUACAUGGGGAGACAUUCUCCGCGAUGGAACUUUAGCUCAUCUCCCUUGUCCAUCACUCCUCGCAAUCACGAUGCUUCCAGCUCCAACGGCCCGGCAACAACAAAGAAAGUCAGCCUUUUUAAAUACGCCGCCGAUUCCGCCUCAUCCAAGUGUCGUACAGCGACGAAUGGAACUUCUUACCUCAGACAUGCUCACCCGCGCACUGACCCUUAUCUCACGUGGUCAACAUGAUCGCGCACAACAUCUUCUUCACGAGACCCGCUCUAUUCUCAAGGGUCUUGGGAAAGGCGGUCUGCCGCCAAUUCCCCCACCUCCUCAAUCAAAGUCAUCCCCAUCAGGGCCGGAAUCAUCUCCUACCUCUACCGUCACUCCUGAUUGCCACCGCUCGCCUUCGCCUCCUAGUUCUUCUCAUGCCGCUUCGGGGCCUCCUUCGGGGCCUCCUUCGGGGCCAAUUCCCGGUCCUCGUUCGAACGAUGCCCUUUCGAUGGGCUCAUCUCCCGGUAUCGACGCCGCCACCGUUGCCGCUCUCGACGCCGAGCUUGAGGCUAGUUUAGAAUGGAUCAACCACCCGGCUGUAUUUGGGAGAGAUAGCAGGAAAGCUGUUCUUCAAGCCAUUGGCGUCAUCAGCAGCCAGAGAGCCUAUUCUUUCCGUUCGCCAGUGGAAAGUCUCUGGGCGCGACGUGUGAGUGGUGUCAAGAGGCUGACAGAGCGAAGUCGAGAGUGGCGAGAGGAAGGAGGCGGCGAAGUCGGCAUUACUGAGGAAAGCUAA